CGUUGACCUGAAGCAACGAGAGGCCGGAACUCAGUUCAUUGGCCAAGUUCCUAUCUGAGUUGCAGAGGUGUUUAGCUACGACAGAAAGAGAUCCUGAGCCAUUUAGUUCAAAUCAAAGCUGGUUUGGGAUGGCUUCAAUAGAACGACGCACACAAAUCCCUUGCUGGGGACUCUGCAUUUACUUCUUCUCCUUCUAGUCUUGUUAAUCUAGUUGUAGCAGAGAGAGUAACCCCAGUAGUUUAACCUGGUAGUUAGAAGUGAAGAAACAGGGGGGAAGGAAAUCUAAGGAGGCGCAAUGGUGGAGCAGGAGGAGGAAACUCAGUGCCCCGUCUUUCGGUGGGACGUCUUCCUGAAUUUCAAAGGCGUCGAUACUCGACACAACUUCACCGGAUGUCUCUACAACAAGCUCCUAGCCAAUGGCAUCCGUGCGUUCUGGUAUGACCAAGAGUUGGAAAGUGAUGAUGAGGAGAUCAAGUCGACGGUGUUCACUGCCAUCAAGGAAUCGGCGGUGUCAAUCGCCGUGAUAUCAGAGAACUACGCUUCUUCGAGUUGGUGUCUGGAAGAGCUAGCCAGAAUCACUGAAUGCUGGCGACGCCGGCGACACUUGCUUCCGGUGUUUUACCGAGUCGAUCCCUCUCAUGUCCGGCGGCAGAACGGGCCCUUCGAGAUGGACUUCCGGAACCUCGAGCAACGUUUUGGAAAAGACAAGGUCCUCAGAUGGAAGAAAGCCAUGGAGAAAGCUGGUGGAAUUUCCGGUUGGGAUUCGAGAAAUUGCCAAGAACCACAGUUGAUAAAAGAUUUGGUUGAAAAAGUUUUGACCAUAUCAAGUAAUACUCCCUUAGAUGUGGCCAAAUAUCCUGUUGGGAUUAAUUCUCGUGUAGAAGAGCUAAUGAAGGUGUUAGAUGUUAAAUCUCAUGACGUCCGAAUUGUGGUAUUUCAUGGGAUGGGUGGGAUUGGCAAGACAACUCUGGCAAGGGCUGUGUAUAAUAAGAUGGUUACUCAUUUUGAGCAUUGUAGCUUUAUUUCAAAUGUCAGAGAAACUUCAAAAAACCCCAAUGGUUUAGUCUCCCUUCAAAACAUACUUCUUCAUGAUCUUUUCCCAAAAGGUGAGCAAGUUGUAGAAGAGGUUAGUGGUGGAAUCCUUAUUAUAAAAGGGUGCAUUCACAUGAAGCGAGUUCUUGUUGUGCUAGAUGAUGUUGAUGACACAAGCCAAAUUGAUGCUCUAGUAGGCAAGAGAGAUUGGUUUUAUGAGGGAAGUAGGAUCAUUAUCACCACAAGAGAUAGUCAAGUUUUAGCAAGGCAUCAAGUUCAUGAGAUCUAUGAAGUGCAAAAGUUGAAUCUCAUAGAGUCACUUGAACUCUUCAGCCAUCAUGCAUUUGGAAGGGAGAAGCCUGCAGAAACUCUCAUGCAUAUAACUGAAGAAAUUGUAACCCUCACAGGACAACUACCUUUGGCACUAGAAGUAUUUGGUGCCUUUAUGUUUGAUAAGAAAGGGAAAGAUCAGUGGGAAGAUGCACUGGAGAAAUUAAGACAGAUCCGUCCAGGUGACCUUCAUGAUGUGUUAAAGAUAAGUUAUGAUGGGCUAGAUAAAGAAUGCAAAUGCAUUUUCCUUGAUAUUGCAUGUUUCUUUGCUAGCAUGAGAAUGAGCAGAGAAUCGGCUAUUGAUAUAUGGAAAGGAUGUGGCUUCCAUGCUGAAGCAGCAAUUGCAAUUCUUAGAGGAAAAUCCCUCAUUAAGAUUGACAAUGACAAUGCUUUGUGGAUGCAUGAUCAGCUUAGAGAUACGGGAAAGCAAAUUGUUCGAGGAGAAUGUCCUGAAGAUCCUGGUAUGCAUAGUAGAUUGUGGGAUAAGGAUGAAAUAAUGGAAGUUUUGAGCUCUAAAAAGGGGACAGAUAGAACCCAAGGCAUCACCCUUGACUUUACUGAAGAAAACAGAAAGGAGUCUGAUGAAUUUUGUAAUACCACCAGACAUAGAAUAUCAACUACAAACUUCAAGAAAAAUUUUGAGAAUCUCUUUAAUCAUGGAAGAGUGAAAGAUAAAAAGGAGCGAAAAGAACUUGCUGUCCUUGAUCUCUCAGAGAGCAAAAUCAGGCAAGUAUGGGACCAGAAAUGGUGGCAAAUCCAGUGCAAUAUGGCUAAGGAGCUGAAGGUUAUGAAUCUCCACAGUUGCCAUAAACUAAUUGCUACACCUGAUUUCUCUUGGUACCUGAACUUAGAAAAACUUAUUCUUGAGAAUUGUUCAGGACUGAUGAAGAUCCAUAAAUCAGUUGGGAAACUGUGCAUGUUACUUCUCUUGAACCUGAGAUGCUGCUCAAAUCUUCAGGAAUUUCCAAAUGAUAUCUCUGGAUUGGGAAACCUCAAAAUCCUUAUCCUCUCUGAUUGCUCUAAGCUAAAAGACUUACCAGAAGAUUUGAAGCCCAUGAAGUCUUUAACAGAGCUACUUGUUGGUGGGACUGCUAUAAGGAAGUUACCUGAUUCUGUCUGCCACCUAACAAAACUGGAAAGGUUGAUCCUGGAUGAAUGUGUGUCAAUGCAACAGCUGCCCAAUUCCAUUGGAGAACUGAAUUCUCUAAAAGAUCUUUCACUUAAUGGUUUGGUUAUACAAGAAAUACCUGAUUCCAUUGGGUUUCUAACGAACCUUGAAACAAUUAGUUUAGUGAGGUGUAAACUACUCACUGCAGUUCCUGAUUCCAUUGUCAAUCUAAAAUCAUUAUCAAAAAUUUUUCUUGACCAUAGUUCCAUCAGAGAACUACCAGGUUCCAUUGGUGUAUUAUCAAAUUUGAAGCUCUUAUCAGCUAGCUACUGUCAAUUUCUUAGCAAAUUGCCUGUUUCAGUUGGAGGCUUGACAUCUGUAGUUGAGCUUCAUCUGGAGGCAACAUCAAUUACAGAACUUCCGGAUCAGAUUGGAACUCUGGAAAUGCUUGAGGAACUUGAUAUGAGAAGUUGUGUACUGCUUAGCCAUUUACCAGAUACAAUUGGAAACAUUUCUAGUUUAACUAAUCUAAUCUUGAAUGAAACCCUCAUAACAGAGUUACCAGAGUCCAUUGGGUUACUGAACAAUCUCAAGAGAUUGAAUCUAAACAAAUGUAAACAGCUAAGCAAAUUACCAGCUUCAAUUGGAAAAUUAAAUGGCUUGCAUGAGUUUUUAAUGGAGGAAACUGGUGUAGCGGAAUUGCCAGAAGAAUUUGGGAUGCUUUCAAAUCUAAGAGUAUUGAAAAUGACAAAACGCAUGCAUCUUAAACAUCAACUGAAUCCUAAGCCUUUUCUUCUGCCAAUUUCUUUCUCAAACCUCUCUUCUUUACAGCUUUUGGAUGCUUCAUCUUGUAAAUUAUCCAAUGUAAUUCCUGAUGAUUUUGAAAAGUUGUCAUCAUUGGAGAUUCUGAAUCUAAGCCGCAGUGCUAUCUACAGCCUUCCAUCAAGCCUGAGGGGCCUUUCUGUUCUCACAGAUCUUUUACUGACUCAUUGCAUAGAGAUCAAAUCUCUCCCUCCACUGCCUGCAAGUUUAACUAAAGUUGAUGUUUCAAAUUGUACUGCUUUGAAAAGUUUACCUGAUCUGUCAAACUUGAGGAAUUUGGAGGAGUUGAACCUUACGAAUUGUGAGAAAUUAAUGGAUAUUCCCGGCCUUGAAUGCUUGAAGUCCUUGAGAAGGUUGUACAUGAGUGGCUGCAACUCAUGCCAUUCUGUUGUUCAGAGGUUUCCAAAGGCUACUUUGAGGCGUAUAAACUACCUGAGUGUUCCUGGAAAUGAAAUCCCAGACUGGCUUUGCCAGGAAGUGAUGAUUUUCUCAAGCCGCAAAAACCAAAAGCUCGAAGGUGUGAUUAUUUAUGUGGUGCUUUCUCUUGACCAACAAGUAGAGGAUAAUUUUAGAAAUAAAGUUCCAGCAAUAGUGGACAUUCAAGCAAGUAUUCUCAGGGAUGGACCAGAGCCUAUAUUCACAAAAACAUUGUAUCUGCUAGGAGUUCCAAAAACCCAGAUCGAUCAAGUCUACAUAUGUCGAUUUUUUGAUUACCAGCCAUUGGUUUCCUUGUUAAGAGAUGGUGAUAGAAUACAGGUUGCAGUGCGAGACCCACCAAGGUUUCAUGGUCUUCAGUUGAAGAAGUAUGGGAUUUCUCUGGUUUUUGAAGAUGAUGAUGAUGCUGAUUAUGAUGAUGAUGAAACCCAAAAAUCUAUCACGGGAGAACUGUCUGAGUUUCUUAGAUCCUGGGAAAAAUUUGACCAUAAGUCUGAGUUUGUCAUUGGUCCAGGUGAAGAAGGAAGCCUAAAGUGAACUAAGAAGAUCAUCUUCAUGGUUUGUAUUGCACUGUUUUACUAUUUGUUUGUGAUUUUUAUAAUCGUUGGAUGCAUAAUUCAUGUACUUGAUCUGAUUCGAGUCAAAAAAAUGGAAGGAUUUAAAGAGGGAAAAAAGGGAGAGAGUCCCAAGAACAAGUUAUUGUAGUGAU